CGGUGGUGGUGUGUGUGUGCUGGGGGUGUGUGUGUGUGGGUUCCUAUAGCAUGUUUGAAUCACAAGCUGUCAGAACAGAUAAUGCCCUUCCAAAGGUUUCCUAGGUCAAAUCCUUGUUUGAACCAGUGGGGAAGAUGGGGAAGCUGAGGCUGGAGAGUAACAUGGAAUGACAGGGGCUUCGAUAACUAGAAUGGCUUAUUCUUGGGACCAUUAGAGCAGGCUUUGAACCUCCAGGAGCUAUGAAUCUUCCUGUGACACCUGUCCCCAGAAACAGGAUUUGAGGGACGGACUUAUUCCCUGUUGGUGGGUCCACAUGCCUCUUCCCUUCUCCUCCAGCACAUGUGCUUAUCUCUGCCUAUCUCUGUCCCUUGCCCUUAGAUGGGGGGGUGUCAAUUCACUUGUCCAUCAGUUUUUCCCCCACAUGCUUGUCAAACUCUAUGCAGACCAGGACAUGGCCAGGCCAUGGAUGGCAAGACUGUGAGAAUAGGACUCUUUUGUGUUUUCAGUGGCUCCUUGUCCAAAAUUCCUUUGGGGUAUUUGGCUUGAACGGAAACUACUCACAAUAAGGGAUUCCUCUGUGGUCUACAGAACCCUUCCCUGCCUGGAGGCUCCCCCUAAACCCCAAAAGGCUCACCCUAUGUUCUUAGCUGUGAACCGUAGGAAGAAACACCCCUUCUACCCCAGAACCCCUUUUCUCGCCCAGGACAAUAGAACAUUAUAAAGCAAUGAUUAACUUCACUCAAGGUUAGCAGUACACAGAGAUGAACUAAACCCAGAACCUGGGCUCUGGCAGUUCAUGAGUUCAUUAGACAUUUACUGAACAUCUACUAUUGGCCAGUCUUUAGUGCACCCCCAUAAAGACUUUUUGUAACCUAUCUCAGGAGCCCAGCUGGAUUGAGGGAGGGAAGGGGUGACCCUUGAGUUCAUUUUUAAGGACAGUCUCUAAACCUCUUGUAGUAUACAAGCUUGAUUGUGUGCAUGUGUUUAUAUGUCUACAUGUUGAGAAUGGAAUGGCAAUGCGAGAGAAGUCAAACCAAGUUCCCUUUGAGAGAAUCCAAGCUCUCACAUGCCAAGGUUUCCUCCCCUCCAGUCCCCCAACCCGUCUUCUGAGCUCGUUUGGCUGAUGGCUUCUCUGCAUGUUGUUGGUUCCUCUCUGGACAAGGAACCUGCUGGCUCCACCCUAAGGGUCACCUGUGUCAGGUCCAGGUGACAGCUGCUGGAGGAAAAAGGGACCGGGCUCAGGAUGUAAUUGUCUGGACUUUGCUCUGUCCUCAAGGCUCCUGCCCAAUCCCUGCACCCUGGGUGGACCUUGACCUCAGCUGGGUCAGUUGAGAAGCUCAGAACACCAUUCCAACAGCCGGCAUGCAGCCUAGCCCAGGAACAGACAGAAUCAGGGAGCUCUCUGGAAAGAGUCUUGACUUUUUUUCUCCUUGUGUUUGGAAACACAAAGAGUCCUUCCAGAGUCUCUAUUUGUCUUUUUGGAUGGCAGAACGGGAGAGCCUAAACCCAGAGGGGUUCAGGGACAGGACCUAGGUCCACCAAGAUGGCUUUCCUACAGUAGGAUGCCACAGCAAGGAAGCUGGGAAGGGGCUGGUUCAGGUGGACAGGAUUGUGUAUCACUGAAGUUGCUAUUGUUUACACACUUAAAAUCAUUUACUGAGUUCCCCCAUCCCUGCUUCCACCCGUGUGUGUGUGUGUGUGUGUCUGUGUGUGUGUUUGGGUUUGAGUGUGUAUAUGUGUAGGUAUGUGUGUAUCUAAAUGUGUAUAUGUGUGUGUAUGUGUGUAUCUGUGUGUACGAAAGUUUGUUUGUCUGAUGGUGUGUGUGUGUGUGUGUGUGUUUGCAUUUCUCACCAGGACCUUAGCUGAUUAGGAUACGUUGACUGACCAGUGAGCCUCAGGGAUCUCCCUGUCUCUGCCUCCCAGUUCUGGGAUUGUAAGUGGAGUGCACCACUCCCCUUGGCUUUUUCCGUGGGUCCUGGAGAUUGACCUGGGUCUUCAUGGCAAGUGCUUCAGAGACUGAGACAACCGUCUCCCCAGCCUCUUUCAGGAUUUUUUUCUGACUGUCUGGAGUCUGUUCUCAACUCCAUCUUUUGUAUUUGACAUCUCUGGCCUUGGCUUCCAUAUCUUUAUAAGAGUUAUUCAUACUCUAACAAUCACUAACAUGCCGCCCUCCCAAUAGGUUAAGAAGCUAGAGAUGAGUGCUCAGUGCCUGGCUGUACCAAGUGUCUUAAGGAAUGGUAGCCUUAGUCACUGUCAUGAGUGCCUUCCCUAAGUCCUACUUCCAAUGUACCGAUUGCUCAAGGUCAAACUGACUCAGAACCAACCAAAACAUUCUGAUUCCUUGUCUGUAGGGCCUUGUGAAGCAUCGGAGGGGUACCUAUCCUCUCAUAGAGGCAAUAAUAACCCAAAGACUAAUAAUAAUAAUCCAAAGACAUUCAAACUCAACCUACCAAGAGGCUUGGUACCCCUGGAGAAUGUCCUAAGUCAUCUAUCCGGCUUUCUGUCUGAGAGUCUUGCUUUUCCCCCUACAAUAGUUUAUAGCAUCUGUGAAGGAGGACAGAGAAUGGCACCUUUGGUUACUCAUAGACCCCUCUGAGUUUCAGUUUCCUAACCCACCAAUUAGGAACUGGGAUGAUGUCACAGCAUCCUGAUUCCGGUUAAUGAGGUAGCACAGCACGCACUACCCCGCCCCCCCAAAACUGUCGACCUAGUGUGCUUGAGAGGAAUUCCUAUGGUAAAGAGCACGCAGUUUCAUUCUUAUAGCCCCCACCUUCGGGAGAGAUGGCCCACAGAUGGCUUCAGCGUGGACAUCUUGAAACGGUAUCAGAAGGAUGCCCUUGCCCACAAGGCUGGUGUCCCUGACCAUGAGAGGAGUAGCUGGGCGUGUCUCGAAGCUCCUCUUGGCCACGUUCCACAUUUUACUGGUGGGAAAACCAAGGUUGGAGAAAGAAAAGACACUCAACUAAAGUCCCUAAGGAAAGAAAGGCCUCCUGAGACAUAUUUCCUGGGCCAGGGUCGAGUGGUCCUAGGAAUGUAGGAUGAAUGAUUGUAGGUAUGGCCUUCUGGAAUAGUCUGGUGUUCCUGGGACACAGUCCUAUCUCCUGCAGCGUGGAAUGACUGUGUCCAGAUUCAGGCCGAAGCUCCUUUGGGAGGAUUAGGUGGGGAGAAGUUCCCCCCAACUCUUUCUCCAAGGAAGGCAGUAGACCAGGUCAGACGCUAUGUGGCUCCUGGAGAAGGACACUCCACCUGGAGAAGAGCUGCCUGCCAUGACACAGUGAAGUGGCCUUCUCUGGGGGCUUUGCAUGCAGAGAGGCAGUUUGGGUAGGGCCUUGUGGAGGGGCUGUGACCCCCACAUGCCACUGUGGUUAGCACAUCAUUUCCCUGGCUUACAGUCUUUAUGUUGUGACUUUCUGGACUUCAGGAACUGUCUGGGUGUCUGACAGGGAGAGGAGGCUGCUCACUGCCCUUCAGCCUCUCUACUCAUUGUGCAUGGGCGACUGGAGCCCCAGCGCCUCACUGUGUUGUAGAUCCUGAGAGAAGAACUGAAAUUCCGGGGGGAAUUCUAGUUCUGUUAGGAUGUUUGCUGUGAUGCUAUGAACUCAGCUUCUGCUGGAUCCCCUCACUGAAGGGUGAGCCUUCAGUGCCCCCAGCCGGCCUGAGCUGACUUUGAAUUUCUGCUGUUUCUUCUCAGCCCAGCUGGUCCCUUCAUGCAGGGGUGGGCCUGCUUGGAGGGUUUGAAUCCAUUCAGGCCUCAGAAUUCUUGGGUUUUCUGACUUGGAUAGUUUCCCUCUUUGCCUGCUCCCUCAAAGUGCCAAGGCUACACGGCGUGUUCUAUACCACCCACAGGUUCCACAUACCCACUUCCAGUAUUCCUGGGACCUUUGGUUCCUAUGUCCUUGAGGUAUCUUGGCAGCCACAUCCUGAAUAGUUAUAUGUCCUGUGUAUGGCAUCCCCAGAGUGUCAUGUGUGGCCUUGUGCGUCUCCAGUAGUUCCAGCUCCAGAGUAAGGCUGUUCCUUACUCCCCAGCAGUCCCUUCCAACUGAAAAAUCCCAUGUUCCAUGGGGCUUAGAAGGGCUCCUGGGGCCCAGUUUUCAUCGCAGAACCAUGAAGACUUCAGGAUUCACCCCUCUUUUUUACAAGCGGAAUUGUAUUGCCUGAGUCCUACUCAGCUGAAUCUAAGGCAGGAUGGAGUAAGCAGAAUGAGCUCCCUGGAGGGGAUGGCUUUCUUUUGGCCCCAAAUUUCUAAGUUAGGUUCUAUCGAUGUGAUAAAACACCAGGGCCAAAGCAACCCGAGGAAGAAAGGGUCUAUUUCCUCUUACAGCUUGUAGUCCAGGAAAUACAGGGCAAGAACCCGGUGCAGCACCCUGGAGGCUGACACUGACGAAGAGUCCAUGGAGGACUGCUGUGUACUGGCUUGCUCUUCAGGGCUUGCUUAGCCUGCUUUCUGAGCACACCCAGGACCACCAGCCCAGUGAGAGCCCCACCCAGAACCAGCUGCGUCCCUCCCCCUUCAAUCACUAAUUAAGAAAAUGCGCUACAGACGUGUUUACAAGUUGAUCUUCUGGAGGUAUUUCCUCAAUGGACUGCCCCUCUUCCCAAAUGGCUCUAGCUUGGGUCAAGUUGUCAUAAGACUAGGCAGAGCACUGGGCCUUCUUCCAUUCUUUGCCAUCUGGGCAGCCAGAAGACAUCAGGCUGGAUGGGGAAGUAGCACACUCUGGUCAGUCGUGGGAUGUGGAAGUGGCUAGGGAGGCAGAUUGUUGGGACACAGGGGGAAGAAAGUGGCUGGCAUUUGCUGAGCAAGCAGGAUCCUGUACUGGGUGCUUUUGGAGGGUGGUUUUUGUCUUUCAGGCUCUUCCUGUCACAUUCAUUGACAGCUGGAGGUGGGGGCAGUAUGGAUGUGAGAAAUGUGUCCUCUCUAGCCAGCCUCCUGCUGGCACUUGCUUGAGUCCAGCAUGUCCCUGACUCCCCACAGCCGUCUGUCUAGGCCCAUUCCACCCAAACACUUGUCUGCCCCAAAGCGCUCUCUGUAAGAAGCCCUGGGUUUGGAAUCAGAACUUUUGGUGUUGCUUCCUCCUGUGGCAUUCCUUGCACCUGUUAGGAACAACAGACAGGAGGCCCUACCCUUGUCAAGUGCUAUGCAGUGUCACCAUGUCGGACAGCAUAGAGAGUAUUAUUACCACAUGCAUCAGUAAUAACAUCAGCCCAAACCAGGCCAACCCUUCAUUUACCCACUCUGUCUAAACCAGAAGGAUAGGCCACUAGCUGGGCUGGAACUGGAACCUAGGUAUCCCAACCAUGCAGCAUGUGGCUGUCCCUACAUAAGCCCUCCACUGGAGUGAGUAAGGAUCAGGUAUAGGGCCAUCUAUGGCUGUCAACAGGGUCUCCACCCUGCUUGGGAUUUCUGCUUUGUCUCACAGAGGUCUGGGUCCUAAGCCCCUGACCCUGCUCUCUAGAGUUGUUGGGUCUGGGGUAUUCAUUCACUGUGCUGUCAGGGUUAUUGUUGUUCCUUGAUCAUGGCCUGCUUGUGGCUGCCAUUCUCUAGCAAGACACUUUUCAGUGCAUAUGGGGCUGUCUUGUAUUUUGCCAGUUGUCACUUAAUAGAGCCAGGGCCCCCAGAAACCGUUGCCACCCUCUGAAACUCUUUACCCACGUGCCUGGCCUAUUUGGCCACAAAAUGUUGCUUUGUCCUAGACCACAGUUCGGAUUUGCUGCUGCAGUGUCAGGUGACACGAGCCCUCCCAGAACCCACAGAUCCAGAGAUGAUGAAGAGGAACCCUCUCACCCUCCCUCCUUCUCCCCACUCUCCAGGACUUGUAGCCACUGUGCUCAGACAGCAUAGAACCCUCUCAGCACCUCCUUCUCUACAACCUUCCUUCCCCAACAUCACAAGAGCCUUGAGUUGUGAUUGGCUGGCAGAAGCCUUAGCAGGAGGAUGGACCUCGAGUGAAGCAGAAGGGCUGUGAGUGGGUGGCCAGCGCAGGAACAUUAGUGACUCUUGGCUCACUGAGGCUGGGCCACGUUCAUGGCUCUCGGGUAGGACCCAGCGAAACGGCCAGAAUGAAUUCUAUGGACAGGCACAUCCAGCAGACCAAUGACCGUCUGCAGUGCAUCAAGCAGCACUUACAGAACCCCGCCAACUUCCACAAUGCUGCUACAGAGCUGCUGGAUUGGUGUGGAGACCCUCGAGCCUUUCAGCGGCCCUUUGAGCAGAGCCUCAUGGGCUGCCUGACGGUUGUCAGCCGUGUGGCUGCCCAGCAAGGGUUUGACCUGGACCUGGGCUACAGACUCUUGGCCGUGUGUGCUGCAAAUCGAGACAAGUUCACCCCCAAGUCUGCUGCCCUGCUGUCCUCCUGGUGUGAAGAACUUGGCCGCCUGCUGCUGCUUCGACAUCAGAAGAGCCGCCAGAACGACCCCCCUGGGAAACUCCCCAUGCAGCCCCCCCUCAACUCCAUGAGCUCCAUGAAACCCACUCUGUCGCACAGUGAUGGGUCAUUUCCUUAUGACUCUGUCCCUUGGCAGCAGAACACCAAUCAGCCUCCUGGCUCCCUCUCCGUGGUCACCACGGUGUGGGGAGUGACCAACACUUCCCAGAGUCAGGUUCUCGGGAACCCUAUGGCCAAUGCCAGCAACCCUAUGAAUCCAGGUGGCAACCCCAUGGCAUCGGGCAUGAGCACCAGCAACCCCGGCCUCAACUCCCCACAAUUUGCAGGGCAACAGCAACAGUUCUCCACCAAAGCUGGCCCUGCACAGCCCUAUAUCCAGCCCAACAUGUACGGCCGGCCCGGCUACCCUGGUAGCGGGGGCUUCGGAGCCAGCUACCCUGGGGGUCCUAGUGCCCCUGCAGGCAUGGGCAUCCCUCCACAUACCCGGCCUCCUGCUGACUUCACCCAGCCAGCUGCUGCUGCUGCAGCAGCUGCAGUAGCAGCAGCAGCCGCCACAGCCACAGCCACAGCCACAGCUACAGUGGCAGCCUUGCAAGAGACACAGAAUAAGGAUAUAAACCAGUAUGGACCGAUGGGUCCCACCCAGGCGUAUAACAGCCAAUUCAUGAACCAACCCGGGCCUCGGGGGCCUGCCUCCAUGGGGGGCAGCAUGAACCCUGCCAGCAUGGCAGCUGGCAUGACACCCUCGGGCAUGAGCGGCCCUCCCAUGGGCAUGAACCAGCCCCGACCGCCUGGCAUCAGCCCCUUUGGCACACACGGGCAAAGGAUGCCCCAGCAGACCUACCCAGGCCCCCGACCCCAGUCCCUUCCUAUUCAGAGCAUAAAGAGGUCAUACCCGGGAGAGCCCAACUAUGGAAACCAGCAAUAUGGACCAAACAGCCAGUUCCCCACCCAGCCAGGCCAGUACCCCACCCCUAAUCCCCCAAGGCCACUCACAUCUCCCAACUACCCCGGACAAAGGAUGCCGAGCCAACCCAGCACUGGGCAGUACCCACCCCCCACAGUCAACAUGGGGCAGUAUUACAAGCCAGAACAGUUUAACGGACAGAACAACACUUUCUCCUCUGGAAGCAGCUACAGCAGCUACAGCCAAGGGAGCGUCAACAGGCCUCCUAGGCCGGUUCCUGUGGCAAAUUACCCCCACUCGCCCGUUCCAGGGAACCCCACACCCCCCAUGACUCCCGGGAGCAGCAUACCUCCCUAUCUGUCCCCCAGCCAAGAUGUCAAGCCACCUUUCCCACCUGAUAUCAAGCCAAAUAUGAGCGCUCUGCCACCACCCCCAGCCAACCACAAUGAUGAGCUACGGCUCACAUUCCCCGUGCGGGAUGGCGUGGUUCUGGAGCCCUUCCGCCUGGAGCACAACCUGGCUGUCAGCAACCACGUGUUCCACCUGCGGCCCACGGUUCACCAGACGCUGAUGUGGAGGUCAGACCUGGAGCUGCAGUUCAAGUGCUACCAUCAUGAGGAUCGGCAGAUGAACACCAACUGGCCAGCUUCAGUGCAGGUCAGCGUCAACGCCACACCCCUCACAAUCGAGCGGGGGGACAACAAGACCUCCCACAAGCCCCUGCACCUCAAGCAUGUAUGCCAGCCUGGCCGGAACACCAUCCAGAUCACCGUUACCGCCUGCUGCUGUUCCCACCUCUUCGUGCUGCAGCUGGUCCACAGACCCUCUGUGCGCUCUGUGCUGCAGGGCCUCCUCAAGAAGCGCCUAUUGCCCGCUGAGCACUGCAUUACAAAAAUCAAGCGGAAUUUCAGCAGUGUGGCCGCCUCCUCGGGCAACACAACCCUCAACGGUGAGGAUGGCGUGGAGCAGACAGCCAUCAAGGUGUCUCUGAAGUGCCCCAUCACAUUCCGGCGCAUACAGUUGCCUGCUCGAGGCCACGACUGCAAGCAUGUGCAGUGCUUUGACCUGGAGUCAUACCUCCAACUGAAUUGUGAGCGAGGGACCUGGCGGUGUCCCGUGUGCAAUAAAACUGCUCUGCUCGAGGGUCUGGAGGUGGAUCAGUACAUGUGGGGGAUCCUGAAUGCCAUCCAACACUCCGAGUUUGAAGAGGUCACCAUCGACCCCACUUGCAGCUGGCGGCCAGUACCCAUCAAGUCAGACCUCCAUAUCAAGGAUGACCCUGAUGGCAUCCCCUCAAAGCGGUUCAAAACCAUGAGCCCCAGCCAGAUGAUCAUGCCCAAUGUCAUGGAGAUGAUCGCCGCUCUGGGCCCUGGCCCAUCUCCCUACCCCCUCCCACCUCCUCCUGGGGGCACCAGCUCCAACGACUACAGCAGCCAAGGAAGCAACUACCAGGGUCAUGGCAACUUUGACUUUCCCCAUGGGAAUCCCGGAGGGACAUCCAUGAACGACUUCAUGCAUGGUCCCCCCCAGCUCUCCCACCCACCGGACAUGCCCAACAACAUGGCCGCCCUCGAGAAACCCCUCAGUCACCCCAUGCAGGAAACUAUGCCCCACGCUGGCAGUUCUGACCAGCCCCAUCCCUCCAUACAACAAGGUUUGCACGUACCACACCCCAGCAGCCAGGCAGGGCCUCCAUUACAUCACAGUGGGGCUCCUCCUCCUUCCCAGCCUCCCCGGCAGCCACCACAGGCCGCUCCCAGCAACCAUCCACACAGCGACCUGACCUUUAACCCCUCCUCAGCCUUAGAGGGUCAGGCCGGAGCACAGGGAGCAUCCGACAUGCCGGAACCUUCACUGGAUCUACUGCCGGAACUCACAAAUCCCGAUGAGCUCCUCUCCUACCUGGAUCCCCCCGACCUUCCAAGCAAUAGCAACGAUGACCUCCUGUCUCUCUUUGAGAACAACUGAAGGCCACUCUCCACUGGGGCCAACCCUCCCCACUCUGCCUCCUAUCCCAUCUGUCCCACACACUCUUCCUCCCAGGAGCCCAUGCUCAGGCCUCCCACACCAGGACCUCAGGCUGAGAGCUGAGCAGAGCACACUAGGCAGGGAAAGCCAUGUGAGUCUACAGUCCUGUUUGCCUGAAUGUUCCGGGACCUGUGCCUAGAGCAAGCCUGAAGACGGCCCCUGGAAGACAAAAACCCAAGCAGAGGGAAUCCAGGCCCAGCAAGAGACAUGCCAAUGUUGAGUAUAGGUCCCUCCAUGUGUGCUGACUCCAGACGACCGACCUUCCAGUGUCCCAAAGUUCUUCCAUGUUUUUAAACCUUAUCCCAGCCUCCUGGCCCAGAGCCUCCUUCAAAUGACUGGAACCUGAGAGGAACACUCCGGCCCCCAGGCCAGGAUAGUAGACAAGCCUUGGAGGAAUGGUGACAGUUUGCAGCAGCGAGGAAGGACGGACACACUCACACAUACACACACACACACACACACACACACACACACACACACGCAUCACAGAAAAGCACAACCCUCUGGGAAGGAGAACAUCCCUCAGAGCCAGGGGUCGUGGCUUUGGCCUCUGACUUCUAAGCCCUGUAAACACUCUCUCAGCAGAACAAGGACAAAGUGCUACAUCUGAGAGAGCUUGCCACACCUGUGUAGGGACUGGCAGGAAACAGGUCAGGGCCUUCUCCGGAGCCAAGACAAUGCAGGGGAGGGCUGCUCAACUAAGACCAGGGCCAUGCCUUGUGGGGAGCAGAGAACACAUGCACAAUUGUGCACCACACCAAAAUGUGCCCUCCAUUAGGGGCCAGGGGACAAUGCCAGCCAGAGCCCAACAGAGGCAGCCAAAGCCUUGCAGCUUUGCCCCAAGCCACUCCCUGCUUUAAAUGACCACAGUAGGAAGCUCUGAAGUCACAGAAGGAAAGGAAUACUGCAUCUGGACAGCAAGCAAACCAUCGCCCCACCCACCCCACCCCCAUGUUCUCUUUCCUUCCUCCUGCCUAUACUUCCUUCUCCAAGACUAUUCCAUAGGACCCACUUCCCUCUGGGUUCUACUUCUUUCCCCAGACAGCUGUAGGGCACAUGGCAGGGAAGCAGCAUGGGCCCCCCGGGGAAUCUGGACUCCACAGCAAAAGUUCAGGGCAGCCAUGUCUUUCCAAGCCUCUAAAACUAGUCCUGCAGGUUCUCUGCUCAAGGCUGGCUGUCUCCAGCCCAGACCCUUGCUGGGUGCACCAGGAUACCUUGGCAGGCAUAUUGUGACAUUUGUGUAGCUGCCUGUCAUUCCCCAUAUUUUUCCCUCCACCCAGAGCUCGCUCCACACUUCUGCUCACCCAGCAAGUGCAGCCUCUGGUCCUCUGCUUUUUCCACUCCAUCCAGCUUAGAGUCCCCGGCUGGCUUGUCACUCACCUGCUUUGUGCCAGGCUGGUCUGUGUCCCCCUGAGCCUCAUGGCCUACGGUGAUCCCUACAGUGAUGCCAGGUUGUCCGCUCACAUGAAUCCCAUCUGUAAAUUCUUUGCUCCCUUCUCCGAUGCUGCCACCCAGGGCCCUCUCCUGCCUCCUGUCCGCUGCCAGCAUCCUCAUUCGUCAUCGGUCAUUAGCCUCCCUCUGUGCUCCCUGGCACUCUUAAUAUAGAUUGAACCAGAAAGGUGACCCCUAACUGUUGACUUUCUGCCACCCUAAAAAAAAAAAAAAAAACGGCACAAAGAAAGCUGCCAUCACCCCUCCCCUCUUCUUCCUUUGUCCUGUUAAGGUUUUUUCAAGCAGUGUGUUCAGUAUGCAAAUCAAUUAUUUUAAGAAUCGCUUUUGUAAAUAUCUUUGUGAAUAUUUUAGUAUUGUCUUUGAUAAUAUUCAACAUUUUCAUGACCUGGUUAUAGCCUUUGCUGGUGUUUUUAAAAUAUCUUGACUCAGUGACAAAACCCGAGUCCUUUUUUAAAAAAACAAAAACAAAAACAAACAACAAAAACACACACACACAAAAAAAAACCAACCAGGGCUAUUUGUACAGAUGAGAGAGGAGCAGAAGAGUCGGCCAUGCUCAAGUUGGGAGACCAGGCAACCUACUAUUGAGAGCCACUCUCAGUCAGCUGACAGGGACAACACUACACAAGGUACCAUGUGGCUGUCCCUACCCAGUGCCUGUGUCCUGGCCCAAGGCCGUGCUCUUGUUGGACUAUACGGACGGACUGUUCAGCUUCAGACUGACAAACGCCUUUCUCACAAGUUCCUGCUUCUUGCCGCGAUACUGUGCCCCAGAACAGCCUGGGGUCCCUGCUAGUUCUUGUCAAGGCAUGCCCAGGUUUUCCACAGCUUUCCAAAGCAAAAGGCCUAGACACUCCCCGUAGCCCCAGCCUCUCUGUCAUCAGUUCACACCUGAGGCUGAUUUCCUAAGACUCUCUCCUAGGCAAGUGCCCCACCAGCAAGUUCACCACACAGCCUGAAGCCCACACUCCGGGAGCAUCUCCUUCCAGAGAAAUGUCGGAGCUCACCCAGGGUUUGAGAGAGGUACAAAGACAUCUGGGGCUGGAGCCAUGCCUUGGUAGUGACAGAUGCAGGUGAAGGUGAUAUCUAUUAGCAGAGGCAGGCUUAGACUCUGGAAAGAUCCUCAGUCCUUUCUGACAACAACUUGGAGCCAUAGUAACCUCAGAAAUGAGGUCUCAGCAAGCCACUUUACCACAAGGAGCAACCCACCCAUAGGCAUGUACCAGCCACCACUCAGCUAACCAGGCUGGGAGUCCAUGGGCAGAUGGGGAAGGCCCCGCACAGGCGAUCACCCUCAUCUUCUUGGUUUGAAGCUUUAUUCAUGUCUCAUGUAUCCUGUAGCCAUUUUAUUUUUUAAAAGAUUCCUAAUACUUUCUCCCUAACGGAAGCCCUAAACCCCAGAGAGCUACAGGUCUGCUCCCAAUGGGCCCUUGGGCCUGACCGAUCCAGAGGCAGUGUGAGCAGCGGCAGCGACUCAAGGGACGCGUGUACAUAUGUAAAUGAGAGAUAGACAUGUCAACAAGAUACAUUCAUUUCUCCCGGAAUGUGUAAUGUUUUUUUAUUUUACGAAACAGAAACAACAAAAGGCUUGGAACUCCUACGUGGAAUACUAGAUCCUGUUUGUUAGCCUUCGUGACUCCGUCCUUGUCUCCUGUAAUAUACUGACCCGUGUGCAGAGGCAUUUUCGUUCCCCUUUGUCUUUAUUUCUACCUACACGUACUAUUUACCUUCCGUGUCCUAGCCCUGCCACCUGUGUAUUUUUGGGGUGCUAUGGAAACAAUGAAGAGAAACGGGGGUUUCAGAAGAAAAUUGUAACCAAAUUCAUAUGCUUUGUAUAAGUUUUUGAUAUCAUGAUCACAGGUGAUUCACACGCAUACACAUCCACACCCACACGUGCAGCCUGAAGUGAUGUCCAUGGAACCCAUCGUCUUUGUACAGCGUAUGUACAUGGCAAUCAUUUCAUACUUUUGACUGGUCAGAAAAAAAAAACUAAUUGUGAUUUCUAGUCUUGCAAAGCUGUAUGUAGUUAGAUGAUGUGACCUCUAAUAUUUAUCUAAUAAAUAUGUAUUCAGAUGAAACCUGUA